AUGGCCGAGGGACUCGUAUUGAAGGGCACUAUGCGGGCUCACACCGAUCAGGUCACCGCCAUUGCAACGCCGAUCGACAAUUCCGACAUCAUCGUCACGGCUUCGCGUGACAAAUCGAUUAUCCUAUGGAAACUCACAAAGGACGAGAAGUCUUACGGUGUUGCCCAGAGAAGGCUCACUGGUCACUCUCACUUCGUGGAGGAUGUCGUUCUCUCAUCGGACGGUCAGUUUGCUCUCACCGGAAGCUGGGACGGUGAGCUCCGUCUUUGGGAUCUCGCUACUGGUGUCUCCACGCGCAGAUUCGUCGGACACACCAAAGACGUUCUCUCUGUAGCCUUCUCGGUCGAUAACCGUCAGAUCGUGUCCGCGUCUCGUGACGGUACGAUCAAGCUGUGGAACACACUCGGUGAAUGCAAGUACACGAUCUCCGAGGGAGGUGAUGGUCACAAGGAGUGGGUUAGCUGUGUGAGGUUUAGCCCUAACACGCUUGUGCCUACCAUUGUUUCCGCUUCUUGGGAUAAGACCGUGAAAGUCUGGAAUCUCCAGAANUGUAAGCUGAGGAACUCUCUUGUUGGACANUCNGGUUACCUNAACACUGUNGCUGUNUCGCCUGAUGGUUCGCUNUGNGCUAGUGGUGGNAANGANGGUGUUAUCUUGUUGUGGGAUUUGGCUGAAGGGAAGAAGCUGUACUCGCUCGAGGCUGGCUCAAUCAUUCACUCGCUUUGCUUUAGCCCGAACAGAUACUGGUUGUGUGCUGCAACAGAGAACAGCAUUAAGAUAUGGGAUCUUGAGAGNAAGAGUGUUGUUGAGGAUUUGAAGGUUGACCUCAAGGCUGAGGCAGAGAAGUCUGAUGGUGGUGUUGGAACCGGUAACCAGAAGAAGGUGAUCUACUGCACAAGCCUGAACUGGAGUGCAGAUGGAAGCACACUGUUCAGUGGUUACACUGAUGGAGUUGUCAGGUUCGAGGUUAAUUCAGUGGAUGCUGCCGCUAGGAUUGCCAAACUCCAUGAGAGUGAGCUGCUACACACUUCUAUCAAACCACAUCAAAGAGCUCCUUUUAGCCCUUCAAAAUCUCAAGGUUCCGGUUACUACCAAAAGGCUCCAUUGUUGACAUCUUCUAGACCCUCUGAGACUGCCAAACCAAACUUCAUUCCCAGAGCAGCUCCAGAUCGUAACACUAGGAAGUACACCUUCCAUGAGAUGCAAAAACCUAAGGAAUUGGGUUGCAAGCUGGAACCUAUCAAGCCUAUUACUGUUGCUGCUGCAAAUGGGUUAGACUUGGUGACAGGGUCCAAUUUGGUGGGACUUUUCCCAUCUCAGAAUGGAGUUCACACUAAAUGUGCUGAGAGGUGUUACCAAGACAAGCUUCUGCUCCAAGAGCCUCAAAUUUCCCUUUUGCAGAUUAAAGAGGUUAAUGAAACUGAUCAUCCUUUGCUACCUUCUGCAUUUCUCCCUCAUAUUUCAGCUUGUGUCACUCGAUCAGAAUCAGAAGAAUCCUUAGAGUCUCUCCCCAAAACCCUAACCAUGGCCGAGGGACUCGUAUUGAAGGGCGUUAUGCGUGCUCACACCGACCAGGUCACCGCCAUUGCAACGCCGAUCGACAAUUCCGACAUCAUCGUGACGGCGUCGCGUGACAAAUCGAUUAUCCUAUGGAAACUCACAAAAGACGAGAAGUCUUACGGUGUUGCCCAGCGAAGGCUCACUGGUCACUCUCACUUCGUGGAGGAUGUCGUUCUCUCAUCGGACGGUCAGUUUGCUCUCACCGGAAGCUGGGACGGUGAGCUUCGUCUUUGGGAUCUCGCUACUGGUGUCUCCACACGCAGAUUCGUCGGACACACNAAAGACGUNCUCUCNGUNGCNUUCUCNGUNGAUAACCGUCAGAUCGUNUCCGCGUCUCGUGACGGUACGAUCAAGCUGUGGAACACACUCGGUGAAUGCAAGUACACGAUCUCCGAGGGAGGUGAUGGUCACAAGGAGUGGGUUAGCUGUGUGAGGUUUAGCCCUAACACGCUUGUGCCUACCAUUGUUUCCGCUUCUUGGGAUAAGACCGUGAAAGUCUGGAAUCUCCAGAACUGUAAGCUGAGGAACUCUCUUGUUGGACAUUCGGGUUACCUUAACACUGUUGCUGUUUCGCCUGAUGGUUCGCUUUGUGCUAGUGGUGGGAAGGAUGGUGUUAUCUUGUUGUGGGAUUUGGCUGAAGGNAAGAAGCUGUANUCGCUNGAGGCUGGCUCAAUCAUUCACUCGCUUUGCUUUAGCCCGAACAGAUACUGGUUGUGUGCUGCAACAGAGAACAGCAUUAAGAUAUGGGAUCUUGAGAGNAAGAGUGUUGUUGAGGAUUUGAAGGUUGACCUCAAGGCUGAGGCAGAGAAGUCUGAUGGUGGUGUUGGAACCGGUAACCAGAAGAAGGUGAUCUACUGCACAAGCUUGAACUGGAGUGCAGAUGGAAGCACACUGUUCAGUGGUUACACUGAUGGAGUUGUUAGGGUCUGGGGUAUUGGUCGUUACUAG